CCAUCUUCAUUACUCCAUACUUCACUCCCCAACGUAGCCCUGACAAAUUAACUUCACCGCUCACCUCUUUCUCUUUCUUCUCUCUCAGAACUCUAUUAACUUCACUACUUUUUUUUUUUUUUUUUUUGCUUAAUACACCACAUACCAAACACACUCAAACUCGAAACUCACCAAAACUAAAUUUAAAAAAAAAAAAAAAAAAAAGAGAUCGGUCAUGGGUGUUCCUAUGCGUAUAACGGUACUAUUACUGCUCUCCGUUAGUUUCACCGUGAACGCCUGCCCGCCGUCAGACCGGGCAGCCCUACUGGCAUUCAGAGCCAGUCUGAACGAGCCGUACUUGGGAAUCUUCAACUCUUGGACAGGCACCGACUGUUGCCACGGCUGGUACGGCAUCAGUUGCGACCCUGAGACUCACCAGGUCGCCGACAUCAAUCUUCGCGGCGAGUCCGAGGACCCCAUUUUCCAGAAGGCCCACCGCACUGGCUACAUGACCGGCUCCAUUUCCCCUUCCAUCUGUACACUCCCACGCCUCUCCAGCAUCACCAUCGCCGACUGGAAGGCCAUUUCCGGUCCCAUUCCGCCUUGUAUUUCCCGCUUGCCUUUCCUUCGAAUCCUCGAUCUCAUCGGCAACCGCUUCACCGGUGAGCUCCCUUCCGAUAUCGGUCGCCUCCACCGACUCACCGUUCUUAACGUCGCCGACAAUCUCAUCUCCGGCAGAAUCCCUCCCUCCAUCACCAAUCUCUCCAGCUUGAUGCAUCUCGACCUCCGAAACAACCGAAUCACCGGCGAGAUUCCCCGAGAUUUCGGCCGACUCACCAUGCUCAGCCGCGCUCUUCUCAGCCGUAACCAGAUCGAAGGAACCAUCCCUGACUCCAUUUCCAAGAUUUACCGCUUGGCAGAUCUGGAUCUUUCUCUGAAUCGGCUCUCCGGUACAAUCCCUGAGUCGCUGGGCAGAAUGGCGGUUCUCGGAACUUUGAACCUGGACUCCAACAGAAUCUCCGGCUACAUUCCGGCGAGCCUGUUGGGCUCGAGCGUGAGCGACUUGAACCUGAGCCGCAAUUCCCUCCAAGGUAGAAUACCGGACAUUUUCGGGCCGAGAUCCUACUUCACCGUCAUCGACUUAUCGUACAAUAAACUGACCGGUUCGAUCCCGAAAUCCAUAUCGGCGGCGUCGUUUAUCGGACAUUUAGAUUUGAGCCACAACCAGCUAUGCGGUAGGAUUCCGGCGGGGUCGCCGUUCGAUCAUCUUGAAGCGUCGUCGUUUACUUAUAAUGCCUGUCUAUGUGGAAAGCCUCUAAACAAAGCAUGCUGAUUAAGGAGAUAAAUCAUAUACAUAAAAAUACAUAUAUUAUGGCGGUGGUGAAUAUGAAUAUGGAUUAUGUUCUAUGUAAGCUAGACAGAAUUAUUAUAUGGGGGUUUAUUUAGACUUCAUUAAUUAUUUGAUUA